AUGGGCCGGGGUCCACCAGAAAUCUGGUUCGACCGCACUGCACAGCCCACCGGCUCUUGGCGCCAACAGAAGGUUCUGGCCGGAGAAGAGGUCAUUCGGCUGCAAACAUUGGAUGCCAAGAGCAGAGAGGCAGCUGGCCGAAAGCGCAGCAGAUCCGCAGCCGAAGCUGCUUUGAACCGAGGCCGCCAAGCAGGAGAGAUUCCGCGGACGGUCCAACAAAAAGAUUGCGGACGAGAGGAAGGCCGAGAUGCGAACGGGCAGCUCACACUCGUUGCCCAAGCUGCACGGUUUCUGGCCAACAUCAAAACCGGCUACUGCUCCAUCUAUAGCACUGGGGAGGCGGGGGUCAGCAGCCCUGUCUUCCUGAUGACCGCGUGGAACCACAAUGCUGCCAGGCCAAAGCCGCUGGAACGGCCCAGCAAAAACACGGCGUUACUCGAGACGGUGUACUGGGACACGAUGGGAAACCCGAGUUGCACGUGCGAUCGUGGUCGAUUGAGCUUCGACGCAGCUUGCGUCCACAAGCUGGCAUUGCAAGCCCUCCAGGAGCGUCAACAACCAAGCCACUUGUCAUUUCAGAAGGGGCCGCGGGUGGUGGAGGUGCCGUGCAGCACCGUGGGGCAGAGAGUAUUUGGGGUGUUCUGGAAUGCGAGUUCGCCCUCCCCCGAAAGAACGAUGGUGCACUUCGACGCGGAGGCAGACUUCCAGUGGUAUUGCGAAGGAAGACGGGAGGGCUGCAGCAAGACUGCGGACUGCGGACAUCUUUUAGAGGUGAAAAGAGCACUGGAGAGGAGAGAAGGGGGCUGGCUGUACCGGAAGGAGAGAGAGGUGGCGGCUGGAAAGGAGGAUGCAGCUUGCAAUCGACCGCAAGCUGGUGAAGAAUGUCGAGCAAGCAACGCGGGCGGAGAGGAACUGGAGGCCCUGCCAGAUGAGGAGCGUUACCUCCUCGGUCUUGUCGCCGGAGAGCAGCACGACGCGGUGUGCAAGGGCGACGCUUGCUUCUGCCAACAGCAUCCAUCGCUGUUUGGGGGGGUGAGCCUUGAUAAGCAGCCCUGCGAAGGUCGGUGUUGUACUUCCGCAGACAGUAGCUCACCCGAAAAGCGUCCGCGGGAGGAGACGGUAGAGGAUGGGGCGUCCGCACAGCGAGGGGUGAAACGGAGGUCCAAAGCCUUUUGGGCCGCUCAAACGGGGGGUGGUGAGCAUGGAGAGGCGGCCAACACCGGGGCGGCCGGGUGCACUGCGGGGGGGCACAGGGGGGGUGUUGUCCGCGUCUGUGAGAGUUGCUCCUGCCCUUCGUCGGCGUGCCUCCACGCAGAGCCAGCACGGGUUGCCAUCGUCAUGCCCAUGGGUGCAGAGGGCGUUCAGGUGGAAACUCCGAAGUUGGUACGCCCGACCGACGGCUCGGCCGUUCACGACCCGCCCGUCACCCUCCUGAAGCAGCCGGUGAGAGUCAGCCAGCUGACGGCGCGCGAUUACGAGGAGCUGAGCAGGAUUGAGUGCUUGUGCGCACCUUGCCCGAAGGAGCCGCCACCUUGUGGGACAGGCUGGUCGAGCCUGAUGCAGGUGUCGCACAUUUACUCCUUGGACUGGUCCCAAGAGGUGAAGGUCCGCAUCUACUGCUGCAACUGUGCGGAGAAGCACACGGUCCACUUCAACGGAGAAGCUCUGGGCUUGUACGCAUGGACGAGGAGCGUCAUCGUUACACAAGCAUCGUGUCAGCUGCUGCUUCGAUGCGUGCAAGGCACUGGCUCCGCCUGCAACGCUCUUAUAGAGGCUAAGAACGCCGUCCGCCGGUUGUACUCGCCGGGUGCCAAACCUCUGUCGAGCGAAACCUGGCGGAAGGCGAGUAUGGGCUUCUUCAAGCUCUGCGGUCGCUCCAUUUUGGAGUGCUGCAGCAUCUGCGGGCCUCAUCCUGCGAUCCUCCUCUGCGACGGGAUCGCAGGCCUUGCGUGUGCGGAUGGUGGGCGCCAGAAAGGGGGCUUGUCUGGCACGAGCGCGGCGCAUCUGCGUCCGUUUACGGCUCCGAGUCAAGACGCUGCGGGAGCAAACGUCGAGAAGGUGAUGCAGUCGGGCGUGAAUUUUUGCGGAGCUGGGCUAGACGGUUGCGGCCCAAAACGGCGUCUUCUGCACCAACCGGAGUUGCGCACGUUGCUGGCUCGGUUCAGUCGUCAUCACUCAAAGGACCCGGAUCUUGGAGCACCCCUGAGCAGCAAGGAGUUUGACGAGCUGUUGAUUGCGCUCAAUCGGGCAGACGUACAAGUCGUCACCGAGUUCAUCCCAGAUCCUGACAACCCCGACGCUGACCCCGUCCUUGUCCAUUGGCGUCGGCGCAUUCUUCUCGACCAGACCGGCCUGAUUCGGAGUAAAAACCGGGCGCUGCUCGAGCUCAUGGAAGGGAUCAAGGCAGAGUCUCUGCUAAACAAUCCCGGACAGAGCCCCCCUCGUUGCCCUGGAAGAUGGUCGGAGCUGCUUUACAGCCUCGGCACUCCGAAGUCCGUCUCGGAUGAUAGCAAUAUCAUCCAGCAUGGCAGUGCUCUAGCGGUGGUCAGAAAGCUUCUCUUGGGAGGAGUGGCAAACCUAGACAACCGUGCCGUCCUGGCUAAGCAUUCUCCCAUCUUGCGCCGAUUGCUAGACCACUACGGUUCCACUUUCCCCACCUUCUUCCUGCCAACCCUCCACCAUCUAUAUCGGCUCACUCUCUUGGGCCGCGGAGCGGUUGGCCUAGGCGUCGGUCGCGCUGGGAUCGCACUCUCUGCCAUCGAGGGGUUAGACAUCUGCGUUUGGUCAGCGCGGGACAGAGUAGAGCGGCCGCACGCAUGGUCCGCGGACCGCCAGCAAGCUUUCGCGUUUUGGGAGGCGCGGACAAAUGCUUUGCUACCCGCGGUAGAGCAGCUCUCGCAACCGCAAGCUGUAGUCUAUCCGCUCUCGGUACCAGAGAUAGCGCUUUGGAACGAGCGGCUAGGCCUAGAAGCAGGUGGAAACAUCCCUCCCAACCUACCCCUCAAUCAUUCCUUCUGCAAAAAACAGCGUGCGCUUGGCUGCUAUCCUCUGCCGGGCUGGGAACAGAAGCGCCCUCUGCCGCAGUACAGACCUUUUGAAGAUGAGCUAGGCAGAUCCAUCGAACGGGCUGAAGAGCAUCGAUGUAGAGGGGGGCUCACCGUGGGGGAGUUUGACGCUGAGGUCGCGACUCUUAGCAAGUCGAAGUCCGCUCAGCGUCUCCAGAAGCAUACCAAAGGGGGCUUCGUGUUCUGCUGUCCCCACCGGGUAAUUUAUGGUUUUCAUGCCAUGCUUUGGGGGGAGUCGCCGCGCGAUCCGUUUGCCGUGCUGUAUACACGACUACAUCGACACCAUCUGCCUCGCUUUGUCUUCUACGACAACGCUUGCAAGCUGCGAGCCUACUGCAUGCGACGCGAGCCGGCUUUUUUUGCCGACGUUCGCUUCCUGGUAGACAGGUUCCACUUUCAACGAACAGGAGCGGAGGGACACAA